UUUCAAAUGUGGUAGAGGAGGAGAGCUACUUUGUUAUUACUCCUGCUUCGAGGUUCAAUAACUUUGGAUCUUUGCUGUGUUUUGUCCUGUACUUGCUAUUCUGCCUGGACGACAUUUAAGAUUCGUCAAUGAUAUGACAGCCUUGUGCAUGCAUUUUUUUAAGCUAACCGUUCUUAACAUGCGUUAAUAUUUUAACUAAAACUGAUGCACGUUCUGCACCUACCAAAUUUACGGUAAAACAUUAGGGUUGUAACUUGAGAAUUACAUAAUGUGAAAGCAUAGGGUAAGGAAGGCGGAAUUGGGUGCCAAAUUCUUUUUUUACUUUUGUCCAGAAAAUAGUAAGAAAAUGCAUCUAAUAUAGCCACACAAAGAGAUGAAUUCUGUAUUUCAUAAUUUAGAGGGGGCAAAGGAAUCGUGGCCUCUUUAUAGUGCAGUAACAGGGCAUGUGAUGUAACUAUGGGCAAACUCUUCUGCACCCAUUACGCUUGGGACACUUAACUGUGAACAAACUACUGAGCCUCUCUCUCCCCACACACCCAGCAUUUUUUAAUAUUCAUGUUUUGUUAAGCUAACAUUGUCAGAAGAAAAUCUCAAUUAUUGUUCUUGUUCCCCAAUAGCCCAUAUGGGAUUUCUCUACAGAAUUUAGAACCUAGCUUUAUGCCGUGUGGUACGCAUUAUAUUUGGAAUGAUAUCAAGUAUUAUACUAAUUUAUACUGCUCAUAUUAACCCUAAAUCUUUAUAUUAUAUAAGAUAGAGAUAAGCUCAUAAUAUUUACCGCAAGACAUCAUUAAUUAUAUAUACAAUAUACAAAGUGUAUCAAUUAGAUUUUAAAUACUUCAAAAACAAUUCAAUUGAUCUCAAAGUUCAAUUUCAAAGCUUACAUUUAUCAUAUCGAUGAUCUAACAUCGUAGUGAUGAACAAUAUAAAGAGUACACUCAUUUCCCAAUGGUGACUCCUAAAUUUAAGAAAGAAAAAAAAAAAAAGACACUUAAUAUCUUGACCUUGUCCUUCUUGUCCUUAUCCGUCGCCCAUUCUUUAUGGCUUGGUCAAUAGAUUCGACACAUUUUUGCAUUCUUUGAAAGUAGAAAAAUCAUGCACUGCCAGCCCUUCCUGUUCACGACCUAAUUACAAGAACAUGAUUGAAUCUAUAAUGAAGACAAGAAAGGCACUAAUGAUUGAGGGAAGCAAGGGGGCAUACGGCCUUCAUAGCCUGAUGCAAUUGUUCACAAUUCACCAUCAUAAACGCAUAAAUAAAUAUAACCUAUACGUUGCUCAUCUCAUAGCCUCAAUAUUACAGAAAGAUUUCAGGGGUUGGAGCUUGCUGUCUAAAGUUAUUACAAGAUCUUACAAUGCUGGAAUCACCCACGUUAGCUUCACAUGCAUAUCUGCCUAGCUACUGCAUGCCUAGGCAAUAAACAAACAAAGGCCUCGUAUUCAUAUAAAUAGAGUGGCAGACCAUCAAUAUUCAAAGCAUCAUUUUCCAGAUUCAAGUGCUGUAAUUAAUAAGAAAUGGCAGGCUUGUCUACAAUGAACAACAAUUCUGUGCACAUUCCUGUUAGGUCUAUCAGCUUGCCUUCUAGGUUGCAUCCCAAUUCGCUCAAAAUUGAAGCAGGGCUAACCAGGUUAAAAUCUGCUUCCAGUUUAAAUCCUUUAGGAGUUGAGACUCUUCAAACUGGCUUGACUAGGCUCGCAGAGCUGUUUAUCUGCAUUGAUGAACUCACUCACUCUCCUCAGACCCAGCAAUCUCUUCACCAUCAUCAUUUAAACCAGGUCGAAGAUGUACUUGAUGGGUCCAUCGGAUUAAUAGACGUAUGCAGCACUGCAAGAGACAUGUUCUUGACAAUGCAAGAACACAUCCAGGACCUGCAGUCCGCACUACGCAGAAGGGGUAAAGAUUCAAGCAUUGAAAGCAACGUUCAAGCUUAUGUUAGUUUCAGAAAGAGAGCAAGGAAAGACAUUGCCAACUCCAUUAGAACGUUGAAGAGACUGGAAAAGAAAACAGUGUCAUCUCCUACGUCGUAUGAAGAGCAUCACUCAUCGUAUCUGAUUAAAGUGAUGAAAGAAGUGCAUGCAAUUGCAAUUGGCUUAUUUCAAUCUGUCAUGUUAUUCUUGUCUCUACCAAUAACGAAGACAAGUACAGGCGGAUGGCCAUUGAUAUCAAAACUGAUACGUUCAGGAUUUCUUGGUUCUGAUAAAGAUCAGAAGAUUUUCAAUGAGGUAGGAAGAGUUGAUAUUGCACUCUUUUCCAUUCUUGGACAAAUCAGAAAAGAGAAUGCCAGGUUUGAUGUGCAAGAAAUGCAAGAGAGACUAAAGACACUUGCUGCCAGCACCCAAGGCAUUGAAGCUAAAUUAGAUUGUGUUUUUAGAUGCCUAAUCCAAAAUAGGGUGUCCCUCCUCAAUCUUGUUACUCCUUGAACAUUGUAAUUUCUAUUUUUCUUUCUGUACAUUUUAAAGGAUAGGUCAAUGUUCAACACCCUAAUUUUAUUCUUUUUUAAA